CGCCGCCGGAUGCGAGGCAUGCCGGGAGCCCGCACUUCCUCCUCAGGGGCCUCUAGAAAACCACAGGGCCCCGGGCCAAGGCAGCCGCCCCCAGGGAGCCGGCAGGAUGGCGGAGGGCAAGGCGGGCGGCGCAGCCGGCCUCUUUGCCAAGCAGGUGCAGAAGAAGUUCAGCAGGGCCCAGGAGAAGGUACUGCAGAAAUUGGGAAAAACUGUAGAAACCAAAGAUGAGCGAUUUGAACAAAGUGCCAGCAACUUCUACCAACAACAGACAGAAGGCUACAAGCUAUACAGGGACCUGAAGAACUUCCUUAGUGCAGUCAAAGUGAUGCACGAAAGUUCAAAGAGAGUGUCAGAAACCCUACAAGAGAUCUACAGCAGCGAGUGGGAUGGUCACGAGGAGCUGAAGGCCAUCGUAGGGAAUAAUGACCUCCUUUGGGAAGACUAUGAAGAGAAACUGGUUGACCAGGCUGUGAGAACCAUGGAAAACUAUGUAGCCCAGUUCAGCGAGAUUAAGGAGAGGAUCGCCAAGCGGCGUCGGAAACUCGUGGACUAUGACAGUGCUCGACACCACCUAGAGGCCGUGCAGAAUGCCAAGAAGAAAGAUGAGGCCAAGAUUGUCAAGGCAGAGGAAGAGUUCAACAAAGCCCAGAUUGUGUUUGAAGAUCUGAACCAGGAACUACUGGAGGAGCUGCCUGUUCUUUAUAAUAGUCGUAUUGGCUGUUAUGUGACCAUCUUCCAAAACAUUUCCAACUUGAGGGAUGUCUUCUACAGGGAAAUGAGCAAGCUGAAUAACAAUCUCUACGAGGUGAUGAGCAAACUGGAGAAGCAACAUUCCGACAAAGUCUUUGUGGUGAAGGGACUAUCAAGCAGCAGCAGGCGCUCUUUAGUCAUUUCUUCCCCAGUCCGAACAUCUACAGUCUCCAGCUCUCUUAGCUCACCUACCAGUCCUUCUGCACUGUCCUUGAAGGAUGAGAAUGAAUCUGCCUCGGCAACUGAAGAAGACCUGGCACCUGAUGCAGCCCAGAGAGAAGACAAUUCUGAGAUCAAAGAAGAGCAAGAAGAGUCCUUAGAAGAUGAGGAAACAGAAGAGGAAGAGUCUGAAACAAGUUCUUCUGAGGAGGAAGAGUCUCUACCAGCCUGCAAUGGCCCAACCCAGGCCCAGCCCUCUCCCUCCAUUGAGGGUGAUAAACCCCAGAAGGGAGUUCUCCCUUGCUCUGCAGCAACAUCACCAGGCAGAGCCCUGAUUCCUUCGGAAUCAGAGGAGCCCUCAUCUGCCCCAGAAGUAGUCCUCCGAACCCGUACCUCAAGUGAAGGAUCUGAACAACCAAAGAAGAGAGCCUCUAUCCAGAGGACCUCAGCACCACCUACUAGGCCUCCUCCACCCAGAGCCACUCCGAGCCCCAGGCCAUCCUCGGGGAACAUACCCUCCAGCCCUCCAGCCGCUGGAGGGGGUUCUCCCACCAGCCCCAGGGCCUUCUUGGGUACUGGGACUCCAAGUCCUAGAGCCUCCUUAGAGGCCUCUUCUAAUCCAGAACCACCAGAGAAGCCAAUAAGAACUCCUGAGGCCAAAGAAAAGGAAAACACCCAUAAUCCAAACCCAGAAGAACUUUGUACUUCCCCCACCAUGAUGACUCCUCAGGUUUUUUCAGAGCCUGAAACAGCAAGGAAGAUGGAAGACAAGGAAGAGAACAAUAAGCUUAUUUCAGCUGAAUCCCCUGAGGUAUCUACAAGUCAAAAUGCACAACUCUGAAGAGAAAUUGCCAAGCCUCUCCCAUACACAUGCCUCUCCAGAGAAGCUCCUCAGCUAGAGGGUAUAGGUCAGAGGGAUAUAAGAGCCAGCAUUCAUUACUAGAUUCUCAGACAGUAUGAAUGCUGGUGGUCUCUAAAACCUGGCAUUAUUGAAAGCUGAGGAACAGCUUAUGGGAGGGAAGGAGGCAAGCAGUCUUGAGAGAAGAGAAUGUUAGACUCAGGGAAUACUUAAUUCAGGUUUUAGCAUUUUUAGAAGAAUAAGACUCUAUGUAUCAAUUAAAAUGGGGCUAUAAUGCAAAAGUAUCUAUAGACAAACAUUUUUCCACACAGAGACACAUAACCACACAUACUCAGAGAAUAGUGAACAAAUCUGUCUUUGACUUACCACUCAUUUUGCAAGACUUAAAGCCAAAAGAAUAAAUUUUCAGACUGUUAAAUUAA